UAGGUUUAUAGGUGUUCUCGACGUCCGAGGCAGCUUCCCGGUAGGAUUAACUCACUCACUUCACUACGAGAUUAAGAACUCGUCUCUAUAAAGUUCUUGCUCAAAAGGGAGCACAGACGAGAAUAUUUUGGCUGCUGUGGUAAGCACAAUCUACGAUACUUUCCACCACAGAAAACCUAUUUGCCAGCGACUCAUUUAUUCUUGCCUAAGGCCUCCAGAGGAAAAACUCUGGUAACUACGCAAUCGUUCGCUUGGAAGGUGCUCGACGCUCUUUCUGGAUACUAUUUUCUGUAUUUCAAGUAAAAUCAGAACUACAAAUCCCAUUCUUCUCUCUCUUCUCUCGCUCCCCUCACUUCUACUUUAGAGGCAUUAAUACUUCCAUACAAUCGAAUAUUGUUACAACCUGGAAACCUUUCUCUCAUCAUUCCAUCUUAUUAUUUUAUCUACUUCUAAACUCUCAACAUGAGCAAUUAUCUCUCCCUAAUCCUUAACGGUGAUGGUCCUAGACGGACUGAAAAUGAAGCAGUCGUGGAAUCAAGUAGGACUCCAGACCUACCUGAGCAUUAUACCCCCGACAUGAUCCAAGCUGCCGAGAUCCUCAUGUCUUUAAGAUAUGCAGAAAUAGAAGAGGGAGCACAGGUGCUGGGCUCUAUGCGGGACAACUCAAACACCAAAUCAAUUGAAACUGGCAACAUCGAUCACUCACACCAAUCUGGGUUUAUGAGUAAUAGCUUUCGUGCCAGUUCAGUUUCCUCGGACAAGACCAUCGAUGGAGCCACCAAUGUCCAGAAUUUACCUUUAACGAAAAGUUCUGAACAACAUACAGAAGGUCAUCCUAUGAUAACAGCACACGCAGCACGAAGCAAUGGCCAACAUUUGCCAGAAUCAGCUCCUGAAACCAUGAGCAAAGAUGGCGAUCGGGGACAGAGUGCGAGGCCAAUAUCAAGAACCAAUGCCAACAUUGAUGCUUCGGUGAGCAAGUUCACGGAUGAAAUCACAGCUCCCAUUGGUGGUGAGCCAGCUCGCAAUGCACGGACUAGACGGCGGAGUCGAUAUAUCGAGCAAAAGGCACGGAGACAUGAGGCAGACACGAAAUGGCCUCAAAUCCAAAAUGCCAAACAAUAUAUCGAUAAUAUGGGACAAAAGAAAUCUCACACAGUUGGUACCAGUGGCGAAGUUGCAGAACCGCGUAAAUCGAUCAUAUCUACGAAGGCACGAAGACGGCAAAUAAGCCAAAGAAAUGGUUGGACAACUGGAGAAAUGGACUUGAAAGCCGAUGCCAAUGUCGAUGAUGCUAGCAAGAAUGUUGCAUCUCGAAAGAGACGUCGAGGAAUGGACCAGGCUGGAAACUCUGAGCAGCCAGAAACCCCCACAAAGAAUAGGGCUAUGAUAACCGUGAAAGUGGGAGCGAUCAGUCCCAAACCAACCAAUGCAGGCGAGACACCGGCUCCUGUGUCUACCACCCUCUCACCUAACUCGGAGGACAAUCCUGAUGGCGAAAGCAACUCACGCUCUCCUAAGAAAAGGCGGCGAACACUGGGAUAUGAUCUUGAGUCGGAUUUAGGUAAAAAGUGGGAGGCCCAGAUUGACGAGGAAGGACACAGGCCAGCUAGGAAGGCGAAGAGAGUGUCCAACGUAAUAUAGGCAAGCUGGCUGGAAACCUUGGAAGUUGAAAUGCUGUGGAAAUAGGAAGGAUGGAAAUCAUAUUCGCUACGAGGAGGACGAGUUGCUUUCGCGCAUAGUUAACAGAUACCCAAAUUUUUAUGUAUUCACUGGAAGCAGCCAGGUCAUAUUGCGAUGAGUUUGAUGAUCGUUCGAUGCUGUGUUUAGAAUACACAUAGCUACUAUGCAUGUAUGUAUGUAUAAUAUAUACAUAUAAUUGUUGUUAUUAUAGCGAAUGAGAUGAUGGUCAAGUGAACAUUUCACU